CAGAAGCAUUGCCCCUGAGAAACAGCCAGUGGAGACUGGAAACAGCCUUCAGCUCCUCUGAAGUAACGACUAGGACUCUCCAUAAUUUUAUUUUCUGCUUGUACCUUGAAGUAUUUUGGUGAAUGUGGCCACUGGGGAUUUGAGUGCACCUGAGAGGUCAAGGUUGCUUGGGAAAGCAGAAAACGUGGUUUAUAAAAGUUUAAAAUAAACAGAUGUAUGGCUGUCUAAAUCUUCAAGGGAUUUUAUGGCCUUAUACUGAGUUCAUCCUCAUAUCCCUGCGAGUCUUCCCACCAUUGCCCUGUGGCGCCAGGCAGAAUAGCCCCAAGACCAGAAUGUGAAGAUGGCACUCCCGGCAUACAUCCCUGGUCCAGACUGCCUGCGCCCAUUCACCCACGAGUCCCUCAAGGCGAUAGAGAAACGAAUCGCUGAGCGAGAAGCCAAGAAGUUGAAGCAGCAGCAUGAGGAGGUUCUUGAUGAAGAACAUGAGCCCAAACCUCGCAGCGACCUGGAGCAAGGGAGAAACCUCCCACUAAUUUAUGGGGACCCUCCCCUGGAACUCAUUGGGGUGCCCCUGGAAGACUUGGACCCAUUCUACAAUGAUCAGAAAACGUACAUCCUCCUGAACAAAGGAAAGACCAUUUUCCGGUUCAGUGCCACCCCCGCUCUCUAUAUGCUGGAUCCUUUCCACCCUGUCCGGAGAGCAGCCAUCAAGGUGCUUACACAUUCAUUAUUUAGCAUAUUUAUCAUGAUAACCAUCUUAGCCAACUGCGUCUUCAUGACCCUGAGUGACCCGCCAUCGUGGGCCAAGAAUGUGGAGUACACUUUUACUGGCAUUUACACCUUUGAGUCUAUGAUCAAGAUACUCGCUCGGGGAUUCUGCAUUGACAGCUUUACAUUCCUGCGAGAUCCAUGGAAUUGGCUGGAUUUCAGUGUCAUCGUCAUGGCCUAUGUCACAGAGUUUGUAGACUUGGGUAACGUCUCUGCUCUACGGACGUUCCGUGUUCUCCGGGCACUUAAAACCAUCACAGUCAUUCCAGGGCUGAAAACAAUUGUGGGUGCAUUGAUCCAGUCUGUGAAGAAGCUCGCUGAUGUCAUGAUCCUCACAGUAUUCUGCUUGGCCGUCUUUGCUCUCAUUGGCCUGCAGCUCUUCAUGGGAAACCUGAGACAUAAGUGUGUACGGUGGCCACCCUUUCCCAAUGACACACUGGAUAGUGAUCCCUUUGACAAUGCCACUCUGCAUGACAACUCCACUGUGUAUGAUAACACCACUCUGCAUAGCAAUGAGACCUUUGACUGGAGUGCAUACAUCAAUGAUAACGCCAAUUUCUAUUUCCUUGAUGGUGCACUUGAUGCUCUGCUCUGUGGGAACAGCUCCGAUGCUGGGCAAUGCCCAGAAGGGUAUGUCUGCAUGAAAGCUGGACGGAACCCAAAUUAUGGCUAUACAAGCUAUGAUACCUUCAGCUGGGCCUUCCUUUCCCUUUUCCGCCUCAUGACUCAGGACUACUGGGAGAACCUCUUCCAAAUGACCCUGCGAGCAGCCGGGAAAACAUACAUGCUUUUUUUUGUUGUGAUCAUAUUCUUGGGCUCCUUCUACCUCAUCAAUUUGAUCCUGGCUGUGGUAGCGAUGGCCUAUGCUGAGCAGAAUAAUGCAACCAUGCUGGAGGAAAAGGAGAAAGAGGCAGAGUUCCAGCAGAUGGUGGAACAGCUGAAAAAGCAUCAGGAAGAGCAACAAAGGCUGCUUCAAGAACAGGCAGCAAACAGCAGCUCUGCAGAUAGCAUCAUCGUGGAGAAAAAGAAGGGGAAGUCAGAUCAAGAGGCUCCUAGUGAUCAAGAUGGGUCAAAGGACUGCAAUGGUCGGGUCAUCCCACGCUUGGUGUUAGAACGGUCAGCCACAAUAAAUGAGUCCGUUCCAAUGGAGGGACAUGAGAAGUCUGAACAGAACCACCUGCAUGUGGGCAACCAAGAAGGGACAGGCUUGGAUAAACGAGCAGAGAGCUCACUCAGUAUAGUCUCCAACACCCUGGAAGAACUGGAAGAGGCACACCAGAAGUGCCCACCGUGGUGGUACAAGUUUGCCCACACAGUCCUUGUGUGGAACUGUUGCCCUCUGUGGGUGAAGCUGAAAAAGUUUCUCAGGCUCAUUGUCAUGGACCCCUUCGUUGACUUGGGGAUCACCAUCUGCAUUGUCCUCAACACUGUCUUCAUGGCCAUGGAACACUACCCGAUGACUGAGGCAUUCAACCAUGUGUUGAAUGUGGGCAACCUGGUCUUCACGGGGAUAUUCACAGCUGAGAUGGUGCUAAAACUGAUUGCUCUAGACCCCUAUGAGUACUUCCAGCAGGGAUGGAAUAUCUUUGACAGCAUCAUUGUCACCCUCAGCUUGGUUGAGCUUGGUCUUGCCAACGUCCAGGGUCUGUCUGUGCUACGUUCCUUCCGUCUGAUGAGAGUUUUCAAGCUUGCCAAAUCCUGGCCAACCCUCAACAUGCUGAUCAAGAUCAUUGGCAACUCCGUGGGCGCUCUGGGAAACCUUACUCUAGUGCUGGCCAUCAUCGUUUUCAUCUUUGCUGUAGUGGGCAUGCAGCUAUUUGGGAAGAACUACUUAGAGUGUGUCUGCAAGAUUAACAGUAACUGUGAGCUGCCACGCUGGCACAUGCAUGACUUCUUUCACUCUUUCCUUAUUAUCUUCCGUAUCCUCUGUGGGGAGUGGAUCGAGACCAUGUGGGACUGCAUGGAAGUGUCUGGACAAGGCUUGUGCCUCAUUGUCUUCAUGAUGGUCAUGGUGAUCGGAAACCUAGUGGUUCUCAACCUGUUCUUAGCUUUGCUGCUAAGCUCCUUCAGUGCCGACAGUCUAGCAGCACCUGAUGAUGAUGGCGAGAUGAACAAUUUGCAGAUUGCAAUUGGCAGAAUCACACGAGGGAUUGACUUUGUAAAGGAACAAGUCAGCAUGCUGCUUCAUAGAGAAUGGAAAGCGAAGACAGAGCCACCAGCUGAAGAGCAGGAUGACAGCAAGAAGGAGAACUUUGUUCUCAACCACUUUGACACAGGCCAGGACUUCAAAUUGGAAUACAUGGAUGGGAUAGCCAAAAAAGAGCCAUUCAUUGAUGAAUUGGACCAAAUGAACUUCAUUAACAAUCCCAACCUGACCAUACAUGUCCCGAUAGCCUCUGAGGAGUCUGACCUUUAUGAUGAAACUGAUACAGGAGAAGAGACUGCUGAAGACACCAAGAAGCCGCUAUCAGAUGGGAACGAGUCGUCUAUAUGCAGCACUGUUGAUUACAAGCCCCCAGACCCUACGUCGCAAGAAGCAGUGGAUGAGGCGGCCAUGGAGCAUGAUGAGCCAGAAGAAUGCUUAACUGAAGCCUGUGUUCAGAGAUGCCCUUGCCUGUACGUUGAUGUCAAAACAGAAGAGGGGAAGAAGUGGUGGAAUCUCCGGAAGGCGUGUUUCAAGAUUGUGGAGCAUAACUGGUUCGAGUCCUUCAUCAUCUUCAUGAUCCUCCUUAGCAGCGGAGCCCUGGCUUUUGAAGACAUCUACAUAGAGCAGCGUCACACAAUCCGUAUCAUCUUGGAAUACGCUGAUAAGGUCUUUACAUAUGUUUUUAUUAUUGAGAUGCUGCUCAAAUGGGUGGCCUAUGGAUUCAAGGUCUACUUCACCAAUGCGUGGUGCUGGCUGGACUUCCUAAUUGUUGACGUCUCCCUCAUCAGCCUGACAGCAAACUGGCUGGGAUUUUCAGAGCUAGGACCUAUCAAAUCCCUGAGGACACUCCGUGCACUGCGACCCCUUCGGGCCUUGUCCAGAUUUGAAGGCAUGAAGGUGGUUGUGAAUGCCCUUCUGGGGGCCAUCCCAUCUAUAAUGAAUGUCCUCUUGGUCUGCCUGAUCUUCUGGCUUAUCUUCAGCAUUAUGGGAGUCAACCUCUUCGCUGGGAAGUAUUAUCGCUGUAUCAAUACCACCACGGGUGACUACUUCGAUAUCACAGAAGUGAACAAUAAGAGUGAAUGCAUGACUCUCCUCAAUGUUUAUAAUGCCACUGAUGUCCGCUGGGUCAAUGUCAAGGUCAAUUUUGACAAUGUGGGCCUGGGCUAUCUCUCCCUUUUGCAAGUGGCCACAUUCAAGGGUUGGAUGGACAUCAUGUAUGCAGCUGUCGACUCUCGAGAGAUGGAAGAACAACCUCAGUAUGAAGUGAAUAUCUAUAUGUACAUCUAUUUUGUCAUCUUUAUCAUCUUUGGGGCUUUCUUCACUCUCAAUCUCUUUAUUGGUGUCAUCAUCGACAACUUCAACCAGCAGAAGAAAAAGUUUGGAGGGAAGGACAUCUUCAUGACAGAGGAACAAAAGAAAUACUAUAAUGCCAUGAAGAAGCUAGGCUCAAAAAAGCCACAGAAGCCCAUCCCAAGACCCCAGAACAAAUAUCACGGGAUGAUCUUUGACUUUGUGACCCAACAAGCCUUUGAUAUAGUCAUCAUGCUCCUCAUUUGUCUUAACAUGGUGACAAUGAUGGUGGAAACAGAUGACCAAAGCCAAACCAAGAUGGACAUCCUCUUUCAAAUCAAUGUGAUCUUCAUUGUCGUUUUCACAGCCGAGUGCUUGCUCAAGAUGAUUGCCCUGCGGUGCUACUUCUUCACCAUAGGCUGGAACAUCUUUGACUUUGUGGUGGUCAUUCUCUCCAUUGUAGGACUUGUCCUCCAGGACAUCAUUGAAAAAUACUUUGUAUCACCUACCCUCUUCAGAGUCAUUCGUCUGGCCAGAAUUGGCCGUGUUCUGCGGCUGAUCCGGGGAGCCAAAGGCAUCCGGACACUCCUGUUUGCUUUGAUGAUGUCUCUGCCAGCACUUUUCAACAUUGGCCUCCUCCUCUUCCUGGUCAUGUUUAUUUAUUCCAUUUUUGGGAUGUCGAACUUUGCUUAUGUGAAGAAGGAGUCUGGCAUUGAUGACAUCUUCAACUUUGAGACUUUUGGCAACAGCAUUAUCUGCCUUUUCCAGAUCACCACAUCAGCUGGUUGGGAUGGCUUACUGAACCCUAUUCUGAACAGUGGUCCUCCAGAUUGUGAUCCGCAUCUCCAGAACCCUGGCAGUCACGUGAAGGGUGACUGUGGCAACCCCUCCAUUGGCAUAUGCUUUUUCUGCACUUACAUCAUCAUCUCUUUUUUGAUUGUGGUCAAUAUGUACAUCGCCGUUAUCCUGGAGAACUUCAAUGUAGCCACAGAGGAGAGCAGUGAGCCUCUGGGUGAAGAUGACUUUGAAAUGUUUUAUGAGACAUGGGAGAAGUUUGACCCUGAUGCCACACAGUUCAUUGAUUAUGCCAUACUCUCUGAAUUUGUGGACACCUUGCAAGAGCCACUGCGAAUCGCUAAGCCCAACAAGAUCAAAUUGGUCACUAUGGACUUGCCCAUGGUUCCUGGGGAUAAGAUACAUUGCUUGGACAUCCUGUUUGCACUUACCAAAGAAGUGUUGGGUGACUCUGGGGAAAUGGAUUCCUUGAAGGAGUCAAUGGAGGAGAAAUUUAUGGCUGCCAAUCCCUCCAAAGUGUCUUACGAACCCAUUACCACAACACUGAAAAGGAAGCAUGAGGAAGUGUGCGCCAUCAAAAUCCAGCGAGCGUUCCGACGAUAUCUGUUAAGGCGAUCGGUGAAGCAAGCUUCUUACAUGUACAGGCAAAGCCAAGAUGAGGAGAAGCUGCUGGAAGGAGCCCCAGAGAAAGAAGGGUUGAUUGCCAACAAAAUGAAUGCAAUGUAUGGGCGUUUGGGCAGAGAGAUAGAAAUUGAAAUAUCUCCAGAAGCAUCCCCACCUCUUGAGCUUGAGCCAAUCACCAGUGCAGAGACAAUGGAUUAUCCCAGUGAAACUAAAGAAAAGGAGGAUCCUGGCAAAAAGGAGGAAAGUGAUCCUGGCAAAAUUAAAGUGAAGGCGGGCACCAAGCGUGGUGUAAAAGAGUCAUUGGUAUAAUGCAGAGCACUUUUGGCCAACAAUCAAUUGGCAUCUGGUUCCAAAAGACUUCUCUUGUGUCUCUCUCACAAGGGCCCUUCCAUAUCUUGUGCUGUAGCGAGCUAACCAUGGUCUCUUACCAGGUUUCAGGUACUCAGCUCAACAUCUUAACUUUGGAAGCAGAGCCAUUCUGGUUUCAAGGUUGUUGUUUUUUUCAAAUUCACCACAGUGAGCAAAGUUUUAUUUUUUUCCUUAUGAGGUUAAUGUUAAUUCUCUCUAUUGCUGGUAAAAAGAAAACAUGGUUUUGUUUAAUUUUAGGUGGUGUCCAGUGUAGCAUGUUCCAGGGUCGGUUCUGAUUUUAAUUCUUCCCUACUACAGUUUUUAACAAGUGUUGGAAGAAGUCAGAAGAGAGAGAAAUGGCCAAAGAGGCAAGUCUUCAUAAUUUCAGUUCAGUCAUGUUCAAAUUAUACAUGGAACUAGAAGACCAGUUUUGAGGAACUUAACCAGAGGUGUGUAUACACUCCACCAAAAAGAAAAUCUGUACCAAGAACUGGAUUUUGUGGCCUGGAUCAAUUAUACAAAUUUUCCUGUAGCUGCAUUUUUUGCAUAAUUUGUUCUGCUAGUCAUGGGGGAACAAAGAGCUUCACAGGGCACUGAAGCCUUGCCUCUGUUCCGCUGGCAUGCAGCAGACAUGUAGACAUACACACACACAACUUUCGAGCCUUAUGUCUGCAGCUUUAAAGACAGCAACUUGCUUGCUUUUUUCGAUGAAAGCUGAGGUUUUAAGAAUACUGGAUUCAGUGCCCAAUGCCAAAUUCUGCACUUAUGCAGAAAUUGCACAUGAUCAUGGAAAGCAGAAUAUACAGAGCCCUGAAUUUAAUCAAUGCUGUCUCCUGGACACACUUUGAAAUUUUGUGAAAACUUGUCUUCAGCCAUUUUCUUUCUGCUUUUCUAUAUGUGUCUUAAAUAGUAGUGAAAAAAUGUCAUCAUACUGAUUCUCAGACAUUAACAACUGGAUAGGGCUGUCUGGUUGACUUUUUAAAAUAGUAUUUCUUAAUGUUAUUUCCUGGUACUAGACUGAUUGGCUAAGGAUUGUUUCCAGCAUGUGAAGGUGAGGUGAAUGGAACCGAAUAAUAUUGAAAGAAGGGGACAGUUUUGUGAACAAAAAUCCACAAUGUCUUAAAAACUUGCUUUAGCUUUUUCCUUUUGGGUAUUUGAAAGGACUUACAAGAUUUUUGUUAGAAAUGGUUUAAAGUGCAACUAAGAGUCUUAAAAAUUUGAACUCUCUGUAUUUUUUUUCUUUUUUAGAAAAGGGUAAAAAAAAGCAAAACUAAUGUGCUGAUCUGUUCUCAGGGUUAACUGUCAGCUUUUAUUUUCUUCCUAAAUUUCUAUUAAAUGCUUAGGAAUGUGUGCUGCACUUUUUCUGUAUUUGCCAUUUUGCUAUAUUCUUCUUUCUAUCUGCAUAGUUCCACUUUAUAGUCCAAUAUGUUCUAUAUUCUAAUCCCUGUAGUCCAGAAACUUAGGAUACUCUGCUCCCCACCCCACCCCCAUCAGUGGUGCAGUUGAGUCAUUUAGACUCUGGAGUUAAUGGUCUUAAAGGGGGCCCCUCUUUAGAUGUUGAUAUUCAUUACUUCAAAAUGUGUUAUGUUAAGCUAGCCCUGCUGUGCUUGGGCGGAGGUGGUGGUCCUGCUUUUCAUUCUGCUGUGGGGGCCCUGGGCUUCUGCUCCAAAGUCCUGUUCUGAUGGCAUCAUAGUCCCCCAUUGCCCCUCACUCCAGUCCAUACAGCAGACAGGGACUGGCAUAGAAGCUUGGAGUUCACAUUGUUGGUUCUUAUGCACAAAGAGAAAAGAAUGUCCCAGAGGCUGAACUGUAGACCCUGGAAUGCAGGAACCUACUCUCUGGAAAAUCCAGUAGGAAAGUUUCCAGAACCAGCCCCAAUGCGACUUCCAUUCAUUCAGCUGUACCCAGCAGUUUGUGCCCUCAGUCAUAUGAAAUCAGAUUAAGAAAAAUAAUGGGCACACAUGGAUUUUUAAGAACAGAAAGUGUUGGUAUUCCCUACUGCCUCUUACCUCCACCUCCCCAGUUCUGCCAAGAAACCAUUCGUCUCUUUGUCCCAUUUGUCACACUCUACCUCUAAAGCAGUCAUUAUUGCCGUCUGUUAGAAACGGAAUAUUGGGCAGUCUGGAUCAUUGGCCUACCCUGGUAGUAGUUUGAACUUUGAAAAUGCCAGUCCCCACAAGGGGCAUUGCAGUUUUGUGCAGAAUCCAGACAGGUUAUAAAACUUUUAUAUUUCUUCCACUUGCAGAUAUAUAUGCAUAAAUUCUUAACCACUAAAAUACUUUGUGCAAAUAAAAUACCCCCACCUCCUGGUGAAGGCUUGCUGAGCAAUUUCAGCUAGAACCAGGUAGUUGCAAGAUACCCUAGAGAUGGAAACUUUGAGAGCACUAGAAAUGUUAAGGUUAUAUUAGCCAUCAUCCCUUGAUCCAUAAGGGUAGAGGGUCUUCCUGUGGACUUCAAACAUUUCCCUAGAUAAUGGGUAUGAAUAGACAUGUAUAAUUAGAGCACUCAGUCUGCUAUUGAACCAGAUCUACCCUGUUUUGGUCACAUGUACAAUCUUCUCUAUAGGAUAGAGCUCAGGAGAAACCAGUUCUGCUUCUUUCCACCCAAAGCCAACUGUGCGCAGCAUCAAUUGCCUGGCCCUUGUGACAUCACAAAGCCACUACCUCACUUGCCCCAGACAAGUUUUUCAAAACUUAAAAAACAAACUACUAAUUGGUUGUAGCUAUAGGUAGAUGGAUAUGGCACUCAGUAAUUAUUUAACUGGCUUCACUUGCAUAGUGCCUGAAAUAUAGAAGAGAGGAAUAAAGAGGGAAUGGAUAUCAGCAUUGGAUCUGGAGGCAAUUUCAUGUGAUAUGAGGCAUGGAGCAGAGAAGAAUCCAAGUGCCCACCCCCAGCAGAAACAAAAAGCACCAACUCCUGAUUAUAUGUACAUUUAUAUUAGGUAUGUGCUAGAAUUCCGCCUAAUUUGGAUUUCGUACUGAAUUUUCCAUUAAUUUGCUUAUUCUCAAUCACUGAGGACUGGAUUUUAAUUUAGUAAAUUUCUGCAGCUAUUUUUGAAAAUGGACUUUUUAAAAAAACUGCCUCUAAAACAUUGAUUGUAAGAAUAAUUUAUCAAUGUUUCCUUUUAAAAUACGGAUGUUUCCUUCAAAAUAUCAAUAUUUUUCCAAGCAAAGAAAGCAUGGAUUGGUAAAAGCAGCAGCUAGCAGAUACAGAACAAACUCAAAUUGAUGCCAGCCUGUUAGGUCGACGGAAUGAUUUCAAACUGGCACCAGCCAAUGGAUCCCAUCCCUAAUUUGUAUACACCAUAUUUCUAGUCUACAACCUAAAAACGUACAGGAAACCCUUAUAGGAAUAGAUAUCCCCUAUGGGAUUAUGCAUGCAUUGUUCAUUUAAUGAAUGUGCAGUGACCUCCCUAUCACCACCCCACACAGCUGGUUUGUGUAUACCCAGUGUAAAUCCCCCUUCAGAAAACAUUUUGCACACAGGAUGCUUUUUGCUGGAUCAGGAUCCUGUCCUCGUUAUUCUUACUUGAUAUGUCCCUGGGCUGAACCCUGGAACUGACACUAGGUUCUUAGUCUAAGCUCUGAUGAACUGUGCCUCAAAUCUUAAUUCCUCCAAAAUUAUUCAUAUCCAGUAAUAUCCAUUGUCUGGAAUAUGAUUUAAAAAUUCAGAUUAGAAGACUAUCCAUCUGAAGCUUUGCAAGCUAAUACCAGAUGACAAAAUGCACUGUGGAAUUUUUGCACCUGAAAUUGACUUCAGAUCUGGCUCAGUUCCUAAUCACCAAAAAUCACUGGGCUUGCCUGUGUGAGAAAUGAUUUGGUGUUGCACAUGCCUUUGGGGAUGAGAGAAAAACGCAGCUAAUGGAUACCUAUAUUGUUCCAGUUAGGCUAAUCUUUCUCAUUAAAGGUAAUCUCUAUGGCCUCCCUUUCCCACGCAAAUAUUACAGUCUUUUAAGGGAGCUUUUUCAGGACUUGAAUACUGGGAUGUUAGCCAAGCCAGCACAGUAUUGCUGGGGAUGCUUCUUUAUGCAAGUGGCAACGCUGGGGUUUUCCAGUUGUCCAUUGGAGCAUCUCAUUAUUCAGUUUCUCCCUGGGACAGGGGGCCACCUUGGAAAUGUGCUGUUUGAGACAGAGUUUUCAAUUGUGUUUACAUGUAAACAGCUGAGGAAAGAGGACUCUGCUCCAUGUCAAAUGGACUCUGUUGCUUGUACAUAUGUGACAUUCUAUGAUGAAACAAAGCUUAACUCCAUAACAUUGUGCAAUGUUUUAUUUGUACAUUUCUUAAAAUAAACUGUAAA